AUGUCUACAAUUCGAUUUCCUAAGAUUGGACGGAUCGUUCGGUUGGAUGGUGGUUCAUACGACGUCGAUGCAAUACCCGGUUUGGGUGGACCAUUCGAAACGGCAACGGAGUAUUUCGCAGCAUGGGGCCAGGCCGCCAAGUUUCCCGCAGGAGAAGCCUACAUAAGAUCUUGUCUACCCCUUCAUGUGCAGGAUGAAUUUGUCGUGUCUAUUCGGGAAUUUCCGCAUAGAAUUGCAAAAGGUGGGUAUCAGAUUACAGUGAAAAAUGAAGGUCCUUUCCCGCUGUACCAUCCAGAUUUCCGUCAUAGCAACGUGAUUAUCGACAAGAAUUAUAACAUCUUGUCUAUCAUUGAUUGGGAAAACGCGGGGACGGUUCCGUGGGAGAUUAUCGAGUUUCCCUUGUUCUUGGGCACUCUGCCUCCUCCUAUGGAUCUAGAGACAAAUUAUGAUACUGAGGGGAACCCCACCAACGAAGAGAUGCAGCAGAUAUGGAAAGACCGGACCGACUAUGUGCGAGACGUCAUGCAUUUCGAGUGCAGAAACCUCUCUGAUAGGAGCCUUUCCACAAUGUUGGCCUCGCGAUAUACUCAGAAUAUUGGGACGGCGAUAAGGCUCUACCACGAAUCUGGAAAACUUGGUCCUUAUUGCAAUGUCUUGGAUAAGCCUUGA